CCAGCCUGGAGCAGCGGCGCCUCCUGCAAGCCGGAGCCCAGGCGGGGGCUGAAGCAACUCUGCCCUGCCCCGAGCGGGCAGCCUCCGUCGCCUCGAUCUUCUUCUUCCUCCUCACCUCCGGCACCUUCUCCUCCUCCUCCUCCUCCUCCUCCUCCGCUUCUUCGCCCAGCCUGCCUCCCGGCGCUGCCCGCGGACGCGGCCAGCCAACAUGCCCAGGAGGAAGCAGCAGGCGCCCCGGCGCGCAGCAGCUUACAUUUCGGAUGAACUGAAGGCAGCUGCGAUGGCAGAAGAUGAUCUAGAACCCGAAGAGAAUGUGGCGGAUGGAGAACCCUCUGCGAAAUACGCCUGUCCGGAGAAGGACUUCACUAAGAACUGCCAGAGCUAUCAAAACUCUCCAGCUGCUGAAUUUUCAAGCCAUGAAAUGGACAGCGAGUCACACAUCAGCGAGACGAGCGACCGAAUGGCCGACUUUGAGAGCAGCUCCAUCAAGAACGAGGAGGAGAGCAAAGAGGUCUCGAUACAGCUGGAUGAGUCGGUUGUGUCAGACAGUUUGGAACAAAUGAAAGCCGUCUACAAUAACUUCCUUUCCAACUCAUACUGGUCCAAUCUCAAUCUGAACCUCCACCAGCCCACCUCGGAAAAAAACAAUGGGAGCAGUAGCAGCAGCAGCAGUAGCAGCAGCAGCUGUGGGAGUAGCAGCUUUGACUGGCAUCAAACUGCCAUGGCCAAAACACUCCAGCAGGUUUCGCAGAACAGAAUCCUGCCUGAGCCCAGUCUUUUUAGCACAGUUCAGUUGUACAGACAAAGCAGCAAGCUUUAUGGUUCUAUAUUUACUGGAGCCAGUAAAUUCCGCUGUAAAGACUGCAGCGCUGCCUAUGACACUUUAGUCGAAUUAACGGUGCACAUGAACGAAACGGGACAUUAUCGGGACGACAACCAUGAAACGGAUAACAAUAACCCUAAAAGAUGGUCCAAGCCUCGUAAACGCUCUUUACUUGAAAUGGAAGGCAAAGAAGAUGCCCAGAAAGUGUUAAAGUGUAUGUACUGUGGCCAUUCAUUUGAAUCACUUCAGGACUUGAGUGUUCAUAUGAUCAAAACAAAACAUUACCAGAAAGUGCCUCUGAAGGAACCCGUAACUCCUGUAGCAGCAAAAAUUAUCCCAGCCACUAGAAAGAAAACCUCGCUGGAGUUAGAACUUCCAAGUUCUCCAGACUCCACCGGUGGGACACCGAAAGCAGUUGUCUCCGACGCCAACGACGCGCUUCAAAAGAAUUCCAAUCCUUAUAUCACGCCGAAUAAUCGCUAUGGGCACCAGAACGGCGCCAGCUAUGCCUGGCAUUUUGAAGCAAGGAAGUCUCAAAUUCUCAAGUGCAUGGAAUGUGGAAGUUCCCAUGACACUUUGCAGGAACUUACUGCCCACAUGAUGGUGACAGGACACUUCAUUAAAGUCACCAACUCCGCUAUGAAGAAAGGGAAGCCUAUCAUAGAAGCUCCUGUCACACCAACCAUUACUGCAUUGCUCGAUGAAAAAGUGCAGUCUGUACCUCUCGCAGCAACAACCUUCACAUCGCCUUCCAACACACCAUCUAGCAUCUCCCCCAAAUUAAACAUUGAAAUAAAGAAAGAAGUCGACAAGGAUAGAGUAAUUGCUGAUGAUAAGAUGAAAGACAAGGAAAAAACAAGUGAGGAUGAAGAAAAAUACGACAUCUCCUCCAAAUAUCAUUAUUUGACUGAAAAUGACUUGGAAGAGAGUCCAAAAGGGGGACUGGAUAUUUUGAAGUCUUUAGAAAAUACAGUCACGUCAGCGAUCAACAAGGCCCAGAAUGGUACGCCAAGUUGGGGUGGGUAUCCCAGUAUUCAUGCUGCUUACCAGCUUCCUAAUAUGAUGAAGCUGUCCCUGGGUUCAUCGGGGAAGAGUACCCCCUUAAAACCUGUGUUUGGAAAUGCCGAAAUAGUAUCACCAACCAAAAGCCAGCCUCUUGUUUCACCGCCAAGCAGCCAAACAUCCCCUGUGCCCAAAACAAAUUUCCAUGCAAUGGAAGAGUUGGUCAAGAAAGUCACUGAGAAGGUGAACAAAGCUGAAGAAAAUAUGAAGGAGCCCGAAGGUGGGAAGCUUUCGCCCAUGAAGAGAGCAACACCGUCGCCGUCCAGCAGUGAAGUUAGUGAGCCCCUCAAGAUGGACACCUCCAACGACGUUGGGUUCAAAAGCCAACAAAAUAGUCCUGUUUCUCAGAGGGAGAACUGUAAAGACAGCCCAACAGGAGAACCAGUAGAGAAUGGCAAGGAGCUUGUCAAGGCAAUCUCCAAUACUUUGAGUAGUAGCACAGCUAUCAUAACUGAUCACCCUCCAGAGCAACCUUUUGUAAAUCCAUUAAGUGCAUUACAGUCUGUCAUGAAUAUUCACCUAGGGAAGGCAGCUAAGCCCUCCCUGCCAGCUCUAGAUCCCAUGAGUAUGCUGUUUAAAAUGAGCAACAGCCUAGCAGAGAAGGCUGCUGUGGCGACCCCACCUUUGCAGUCCAAAAAGCCAGACCACUUAGACCGUUAUUUUUAUCAUGUCAACAAUGACCAGCCCAUCGAUUUGACGAAAGGCAAGAGUGACAAAAGCUGCUCUUUGGGUUCAGCGCUUUUGUCAUCCACGUCGGCGUCUUCGGCAGCCUCUUCAUCUACAGUGACAACGGCAAAGACAUCUGCAGUUGUGUCAUUCAUGUCAAACUCGCCGCUACGCGAGAAUGCCUUGUCAGAUAUCUCUGAUAUGCUGAAGAACCUGACAGAAAGUCACACAUCAAAAUCGUCCACACCUUCCAGCAUCUCGGAGAAGUCUGACAUUGACGGGACUACAAUCGAGGAACCCGAAGAGACAACCCCAGCGCAGAAAAGGAAGGGACGCCAGUCCAACUGGAACCCACAACACUUGCUCAUUCUGCAGGCCCAGUUUGCUGCCAGUUUGCGGCAAACGUCGGAGGGGAAAUACAUCAUGUCAGACUUGAGCCCGCAGGAGAGAAUGCACAUUUCCCGGUUUACGGGCCUUUCAAUGACUACCAUUAGCCACUGGUUGGCCAAUGUGAAAUACCAGCUGCGAAGGACAGGGGGGACGAAGUUCCUUAAAAAUUUGGACACUGGGCACCCGGUGUUUUUUUGUAAUGACUGUGCUUCACAAAUCAGAACUCCUUCGACGUACAUCAGUCACCUUGAGUCACAUUUAGGUUUCAGGCUACGAGACUUGUCUAAACUGUCCAGUGAACAGCUGAGCAAUCAGAUAGCACAAACAAAGUCGCCCUCUGAAAAACUCUUGGCACCUUCACCAGAGGAAGAAAUGGGGACCUCGUACCAGUGUAAACUUUGCAAUAGGACUUUUGCAAGCAAACAUGCGGUUAAGCUCCAUCUCAGUAAAACACACGGGAAAUCUCCAGAAGACCAUCUUCUGUAUGUUUGUGAAUUAGAAAAACAGUAGCAUUUACUUUCGGACACAAAAAAAUGACCACAGCAACAACUGUAUGUGGCUUUGAGGAAAACUGUCAAAAAUGCCUUAAAGCUGCUUGUUUUCUGUUCUUGGCACAUAAUUCUUAUUUUAACUCUGGGGUGUCACUCUGGCCUGAACUCUUUCUCUCCCUUUUUGUAUAACUGUACAGUAUUUAAUAGAGGUGCAUAAUCAGCUGUUGUUACUGGUAAAAUAUGAAGGUAAAAAUGCAGUGGUAAGUGUUUGGAACUUUGUGUAAAUUGGGGUUUUAUUUGAUGUGCAUCCUUCUGAUGCCAUGAGCUGCAUGCAUUAACAAAACAGUUUAAUUAAGCAUUUAUGAACAAGUUCUGGUGCACUUUUUUCAUGCUGACUUAAGUGUGCCAGCAAUUCUCACCCUGUAAAUCUUUAGCCCUCUGAGUACUUUGAAGCACUUUUGCAUUAAUUUGGAUUUCCUUUUUUUAAAAAAAUACAUCUAUAUAUAUGGCUACGUUUUCUUUAUUAAAAGUCCCCUUCCAGCCAACUCUUAAGAAAGGUGUGAACAAGUUUUUUUUGGUUCUAUUUUUGUAGCUGGAGGCAAAAUUUGCAAUUGGAAAGAAGAAUUGCAUAGUUGGAUUCUGAUAGAAGUGCAAUUGGAGGAAAGGGAAAAAAUAGUUUAUACAUAAGUGUUUAUUUUAAAAAAAGAGCUUAAACGACAGACACUGUCAAUGCAAUGCAAUUUCAAGCUGCACGUUUUGUCUUCACACGCACACAAACUGGAUGCAAACAAGAAUUGCUAUCAGCCAAUGUGUCUGUCUGCUAAGGCUUCUUUAACAUGUUUUGAAGGGAAGUCACAUGGAGAAUGUAGGCAAGUUUCUCCAAUGUGAGCUUUCCUGUAGCUGUUGCAUAGAAUGGUAACCUGUUCUGAUGUCACCUCAACAACUGGCUUUCUGAGUAUACUGUGAUAUCCCAGAUCACUCAUAUUUUGGGACCUGAUGCCUUGCUUCAGCACUUCCAAUAUUCCAUGCUGAUCAUAUUUCCGUUGUGUUCCUAGAGUUCACAUGGACCCAUCGCUCUCACAGUGUGGCUUCCUGUGGUGUGUGCAUGAUUGUCCUGCAGGAAAAGCUACUUUUAUUUCUUCAGGAGGUAUCCCAUAUAUGUGAGUUACCACACCCGUCAAAGUCCAUAAGAUGCUGCCCUUUGGAUAUACCCUUUUUUGUACUCGAUUGAUGGACCUCCAUGUAUGUGUAGGGAUGGAGCCCACCAUGAAAUUUUGAAAUACAUUUUCACAUUGAAACGUAGUUGGUAUAUAUUGUACAGAUUUAAAGAUCUUCUAAUGGAAAAUGUGAUCAUGGAUAAUGCCAUUUCGUCUCCUCCU